AUGGUCGUGGCAUCAUUAUCCAUCUAUCCUUUCUUGACGGACGCUGAGUUUGACUGUGUCUGUAGAGCGUUUCUUCGGCGAGUGGACGCCGCUGGAGGCCCUGAGGCUUUGGGGUGGUUAGCAGUCAGCUAUAUUACUCAGGAUAAGCCGAGCCAGGCGGUUUUGAGGAUAUCAAAGAGCGUCACCCGAACUCACAGGGAGUCCCCCGCAGUCAGUCCGGUCACCCAUGGAAAUGCUUAUGAUGAAGCGCAUGAACAGGAAGAUACAAUUCAAGAUGAUGACCAAGAGACCCUUGUACGAAACGCGAUCAAUGACGAGUCCCUUGAACUAACCGCUGACUACGAUAUCACCCUGUCACAAACGUAUCAAGUUCCUGUCUUAUAUUUUGUCGUAUCGGGCAUUCAUCAAUCGGGUCUUGCUGCAAUAGAUGCUGUAUACCAGCUCCUCGUCCCAGACCAGCACAAAGGGCCCUUAAAAUCUAGCGGUGUCAUGGGUGGCAUCAGUUUCGGGUAUCAUCCCCAAUCUGGAAUUCCAGCCUAUUUCAUCCAUCCUUGUAACACCGCUACCGCUAUGAGAGAUAUCGCCGGUGGUAGGGGAGUCGAGCCUGAAAAUUAUUUGCUCAUUUGGCUUGGCCUGGUAGGUAAUUGCAUAAACCUCAACCUUUCUUGCCAGCUGUUCAGAAAGUCCUCGCUGCACGAUAGUUGA